GCGGCACGCACGCACUCAGCAGCCAGAAACGCUCUCGGUCGAAGAGUACCUUUCGAGAUGGGCACCGUGACGGUCUCACUGUUGUUGCUGCUGGUGUUGGUGUCCGCCUUGGCCGCCGAGCCGUGUCCGGCGGGACGCACCGGCGAUAACUGCGCCACUGAGUGCGACCAGGGCUUCUUUGGACAGGACUGUGCCGCUGAGUGCAACUGUGUCCACGGCAAGUGCGAUCCCGUGACCGGACAAUGCUCCUGUCUCGCAGGCUGGGAAGGCGUUAGCUGCGAGCAUCCGUGCGGGAACAGUUUUUACGGCACCGGCUGCGAGUUCAAGUGUCCCGACUGCCAAAACGGCGGCGUCUGCAACCCCGUGAACGGCACCUGCCUCUGCCCCAGCGGCUUCACGGGCGUCCACUGCCAGGACGCGUGUCCGGCCCGCAUGUUUGGACAGCAGUGCCGCCACCGUUGCGAAUGCGACUGGGACAACACCGAGAGCUGCGACCACGUGACUGGACACUGCAAGUGCAAAUCUAGCUUCCAUGGAUUUUCAUGUGAGAGCGUAUGCAAAAUUGGCAAGACGAGCUCAAAUUGCAAUUCAAACUGUCCUUGCGCGCGAGGGGCGUCAUGCACGAAAUCCUACUUCACCAAGAGAGCAAAAUGCAAAUGCCCGGCCGGUAAAAAGGGCGAAACCUGCGACAAACUGUGCGACAACGGGAGAUAUGGUUAUGGCUGCAAGGAACGCUGCCCGAAACACAAAGGAAUCGUUGGCAGCUGCGACCCCGAGACGGGCGAGGUGAGCUGCGCGCCAGGUUUCUCAGGACCGCUCUGUGUGCAUCCCUGUCCCGACGGCAAGUUUGGAGAAGACUGUGAGAACACCUGCGAGUGCCGGAAUGGAGAAUGCCAUCAUGUAACAGGCGAGUGCAUCUGCCAGCCGGGCUGGGAGGGCAGCGACUGCGCGAGCCAGUGCCCCGCCGGCCGAUUCGGUCUGCGCUGUAGCCAAAAGUGCAUGUGCCAGUCGGUGACCGAGUGCGACCCUCAGACCGGUCGCUGUCUGUGCCCGCCGGGCAAGACCGGCCCCGAGUGCGAGUCCGACUGCCCCAAGGGCCGGUGGGGCAACGACUGCGCGCGUGAGUGCGAGUGCAGCAACGGCGCCGAGUGCGAUCCGCAGACCGGCCACUGCUCCUGCAGCCACGGCUACACCGGCCAUAAGUGCGACCUGGUGUGUCCGGCGGACAAGUUCGGCGCCAACUGCUCGCAGCAGUGCGAGUGCAAGAACGGCGCCGAGUGCGACUCCGUCAGCGGCAAUUGCUCCUGUGCGGCGGGCUGGAGCGGCGCCGACUGCUCCGAGAGCUGCCCAUCCGACACGUACGGCGAGGGGUGCAUCUCGCGGUGCCUGUGUGAGAAUGGGGCCGAGUGUGACCCCGUGGACGGCGCCUGCAACUGCCCCGCCGGCUGGACGGGCCGCUUCUGUAAUGAGCUGUGCUCAGACAACACGUGGGGCGUCGACUGCGCCAAUGAGUGUCUGCUAAACUGCACCAACGAGGCCUCCUGCUCCAACGAGGACGGCUCCUGCAUUUGCAAGGAUGGAUUUGAAGGCGAGCUGUGCGAGUUGAUAGUGUCCCCUGCAGCAUCUCAGGACGGUUCGGAUUCGGGCUCGUCCGUAGGUGGAGUAAUCGCGUUUGUUGUGUUUGCGGUGAUCGUCGCAGCGAUUGCGAUAGGCGCCUUCUUAUUCUUGCGGAGAAGAAAAGAAGAGUUCCGAGUUUCCGAAGGUUACAGCAAGACUGCCACCAGCGAAGUUGCGAACGGCGCAGCGAUUUGAACGUCAAAGAGCUGACGUGAGGUGAUUGCUAAUAGCUGCGCUUGGUGUUUUUCCCAACAAUGUACAAAACAUAAUGCUUGAAUUACGCGAACCAGAAUAUUUUUGAAAAGAACAAUCGGCAAAAAAUUCCCAGGUUAAAAUGAAUGAGACGCGAUAGAGUACUUGCGUGUGCCAAACUGUAUAAAGUUGUGAAUAUAUUAUAUUUAAAAAUAAAGAUACGUUUAUUUGAUAAAAA